UCCCAUAAUGCAUUGCGGUAUUUGUCGGAGGAAUUUUGACAAUGGAGGAAAUGUCGGAAAUGACCCUGUAAAUUUAUUUGGACUUGUAAACCUAUCAUCAAAUAACCAAUGUGCAAUACACUUUUAAGCAACCACGUUUAAUUUUACUCAUAUGCUCAAAUCGGAAUAAGUGAAGUACCCUAUUGCAGACAUAAAUCGCAGCAAACCAGAGAAGGGCAACGACAACAACAACAAAUCAACAUAAUUUUCUUCCAGAACUGCAUACAAUUAAAUAUUUCCGAUAAUGUGAAGGGCAACGUGUGCUCGUCUGUCUAUUAAGCUUAUGACGAGACGGUCAGUGAGCCUAAAUAUAAUAUGUAUCUGUUAGAAAUUUGAGGAAUUCCUGGGUGGCAGGGAGAAAAAAAAUCCAGAGAUGUCUGAAGCACCUGCUGAAGAAAGGUUGAAGAAGUUGGAGGAACUGUAUCUAGGUGGAGUUGUUAGUUCAUCAGGGACUGCAUUGAGUUUAGAAACAUUACUGGACAUCCUGCUGGUGCUGUACGAUGAGUGUCAAACACCAGCAUUACGUAGAGAAAAGCGCAUUUCCGAGUUUAUCGACUUUGUAAAGCCAGUUGUAAAUAAAGUACGUAACUAUCGACUGACAAGAGAUGAUUUUGAGACAGUCAGAAUCAUUGGAAGAGGGGCAUUUGGCGAGGUGGCUGUUGUUAAGAUGAAAUCCACGGAGAAGGUAUAUGCCAUGAAGAUAUUGAACAAAUGGGAAAUGUUAAAACGAGCAGAGACUGCUUGCUUUAAGGAAGAAAGAGAUGUGCUAGUAUAUGGGGAUAGAAGGUGGAUUACAAACCUUCACUUUGCAUUUCAAGAUGACAACUUCCUGUUUCUGGUCAUGGACUAUUAUGUUGGUGGCGACCUUUUGACUUUAUUGAGCAAAUUUGAAGAUCGCAUACCAGAAGAAAUGUGUAAAUUUUACAUAGCCGAAAUGGUUUUAGCUAUAAAUUCUUUACAUGAACUGCAAUAUGUACAUAGAGAUAUUAAACCAGAUAAUGUGCUAUUAGACUUAAGUGGUCAUAUUGUGCUAGCCGACUUCGGUUCAUGUUUGAAAUUGUUAAAUGAUGGAACUGUACAGUCUUCAGUCGCUGUAGGGACACCUGAUUAUAUUUCACCGGAAAUUCUAAGGGCAAUGGAGGAUGGUCAUGGAAGAUACGGCCCAGAAUGUGAUUGGUGGUCUCUAGGUGUAUGCAUGUACGAGAUGUUGUACGGAUGUACACCUUUCUAUGCAGAAUCUCUCGUGGAAACAUACGGAAAGAUCAUGAACCAUCAAACAAGGUUUGAGUUUCCAACAGAUAUAGACGAGUCAGAAGACUGUUCCAAUCUUGCCAAAGAUCUGAUGAAACGCCUGAUAUGCUCUCCUGAUGCGCGAUUUGGAAGGGGCGGAGUUAGGGACUUCAAGGAACACGCCUGGUUUAAAGGAAUUGAUUGGCAAAAUAUUCGAGAAAUGACUGCCCCAUUUAUACCAGAGGUCAGUAGUCCAACAGACACCUCAAACUUUGAUGUUGAUGAUUCAGAUUUUAAACAUACGGACACAGUUCCGCCUUCUUCUCAUGGAACAUUUAAAGGGCAUCAUUUACCUUUUGUAGGGUUUACAUUCACGAAGAACUGUCAAUUAUCGGACACAGCUAGUUUAAGAGACAGUGUUAGUGUGGACCCAAGUCAUCUAGAGUCUCUUGUGGCGGAAGCAUUUGAAAGAAGAAUUUCAAAUCUUGAAAAGGAAAACAAAGAGCUGCAAAGAAAACACCAAGAGGCAACAGCUACAAUACAGAAGCUGAACAGUGAUAAUGCAUCAGGGGCUUCGGCUGCUGUUGGGGCGGCGGAGGCCGAGUCCAGGCAACUGAAGGAGGAAGUAGCUAUUCUCCAUAAAGUUGUUGCAGAUUCACAAUCCGAGAUCAGUAUAGCAGAGCAAGAUCUUAGAAAGGCUAGGGAGACAAAACAAGAUAUUGAACGGAAGAUGAAGAUUGUUGAAGAAGAGAAGACUGGACUGGAGAGGGAAAUUCAAGAUCUGAGAGAUAAAUAUAAACUGCAAGCUAGGGAACUGAAAGAUGCUGUAGCCAAACAGAAAAUAGCCAUAGAACAAUACACCGACUCCAAUGACUUAUUAUUGAAGUCACAAUCGAAAGUGAAAGAAUUAACAAGAGAUCUGCGAAAUAAGUCAGAAGAAACAGAGGAAUACAAGAGAAAGGCUGACAGUCUGAAGAAUGAACGUAGAAGAACAGAGAAAACUAUUACUGAGCUACAGUCACAAGUAGAGGAAUAUAGAACUGAUUGCAAUAGAGAGAAAAAAUUACGAGAGAGAGCUGAGGAGUAUAGCCAGGAAAUAGAACAAGAAAUAGAAACAUUAAAGAAAAAACACGCAGGCAGAGAUACAAACACUGCAAGUCUAGAAUUGUCCCAAGAAAUAUCAAGGUUAAAAUCGGAAAUAGACAGAAAAGACUUGGAGAGGGAGGAUAGUAUGUUAAGAAUGACUUCUAAACACCAGACUGAAAUCAGUGACUUGAAAUAUCAAUUACAAGAGCUAGAAAUGAGUAAAAAAGAUUUACAAAAUGAAAUAAACUUGUUAAAAGCACGACAGAGUGAGGAAGAUUCUAUAGAGGAAUUACGGACUAAUAUUUCUCAGUUACGCAUAAAGUUAGAACAAGAGGAGAGACGGUGUGAAGUUGUGCUAGAAGAAAAUGACAGACUUAAAGAUGAUUUACUUUUGGAUCGGGCAACACUGGAGGUGAUAAAGAAGGAGAAGAACCAACUAGAGAUGGAGAUGAGAGAGAUUUAUGAUAAACGAGAAUCUGUAGCUCAAUGGGAGGCUCAGAUCUCAGAGAUCAUUAAAUGGGUGAGUGACGAAAAGGAUGCAAGAGGUUACUUACAGGCCCUCGCUGGAAAGAUGACUGAGGAACUGGAGAACCUGAAGGUAAUGGGAGUAUCGGAGGACUCUGGUCGACAACGCUGGAGAAAUCGCCGCUCACAGAGACUGGACAAGAUGGAGCUUCUUAAUCUACAGUCCAGUCUGAAUAGUGAGAUUCAAGCCAAGGCGAAAAUCACCGAGGAACUGAACAAAGUCAAAGAACAAUUGGCAGGAGCAGAAAGCAAACUUAUCGAAGCUUCAGAAGAGAACAAAGAGAUGGCACGAGAAGUUGAAGAUCUUCGCAAGAGAAACAAGAAAAUGGAGGACUCGCAUAAAACAUUAAGUUGGGAGAAAGAACAACAAGACUCUAAUUCAUUAAUAGAUUAUUUCAAAGGCCAGUUUUCAAUUCUUAAUGAUUCGUCCAAUGAGAGCGUUGCGGAUGAUGACAGUGAAGACGCAUUGUCUCGGACAGAUUCACAUACGGAUUCCCGUACAGAUCUACGUGUACAAGAAAUGCAAGAAACUAUGGUGCUAGCAGGCUCGUUAAACUCUUCCAAACAAAGUGUUUCAUCAGAAACCGAGUUGGAGCCAUGGCGGUCACCUUUUACUGGAACACCGCCAACAACUCCGAAAUCACAGUCACAGAAAAUCCACAAGUUCUUGUAUAAAAGUUUUAAUGUACCUUACAAGUGUAACUAUUGCACGUCAUUGUUGAUUGGUGUACAUAGACAGGGUAUAACAUGUGCAGAUUGUGCAUAUACAUGUCAUGUACACUGUAGUGAUAAAGCUCCAGCUGUGUGCCCAGUUCCUGCUGAUCAAACAAAGCGCCCCAUGGGUAUAGACGUUAACAAAGGUAUUGGAACAGCGUAUGAAGGCUAUGUUAGAGUACCACGUCUUGGCGGUAUAAAGAAAGGCUGGGCAAGACUGUUUGUUGUUGUCUGUGAUUUCAAAUUGUUUUUAUUUGAUAUACCCCCUGAAAAGGGUACACCUAGUCCUGUAGUUCAGCAAGUUCUAGAUAUGAGAGAUGAUGAGUUUUGUGUAAACUCAGUAUUGCAAAAUGAUGUCAUACAUGCAAACAAAAAAGAUAUUCCAUGUAUAUUUAGGGUGACUACGUCAGAAUUAAAUCCCCCUGGUACCAAGCAUUCUGUGUUAAUGUUGGCAGAAAAUGAGACAGAACGUCAACGAUGGGUCGGUGCUCUUAAUGAACUGCAAAAACUUCUACGUAGAAAUAAGCUGCCUAAGACUGUUAUAUUUCAACCUCAAGAGGUAUAUGACAACUCUCUAUCUCUUGUAAAAGGAACAUUUUCGGCUGCAACUUUAGAGUCUGGUAGACUGUUGCUAGGUACUGAAGAGGGUGUAUAUAUAGCAGAAUUAGCAAAAGAUGUUUUGAUACGCAUUGGUGAUAAAAGUGAAAAGAAGCCGGUGUUCCAGGUAGAGCUGGUACCAGAGGAGCAGCUAAUCGUUCUUAUUAGUGGUCGGCAACGGCAUAUAAAAUUGCUCCACUCAUCUGCUUUGGAAGGAUAUGAAGUCGAUCCGCUCAAAAUCCAAGAAACCAAAGCAUGUCAAAUGUUUUGUACGAAUACCGGCCAUCGUGCUGACAUGAACACUUAUCUUUGUGUGGCCAUGAAACGCACAAUAAUGGCAUUUGAAUUGACUAAAACACGACAAAAACACCGGAAAAUUCGCGACAUUCCGGUGACGGGUCAAGUGCAGUUUUUAGAUUUAUGGGGGGACAAACUGUGUGUAGGCUACCAGUCGAGUUUUGUGAUAUACAAUUUAUUGAAGGAGGAAGCCCCAAUUAGUCUUGUGAAUACGGAAGAUAGUCAACUACAGUUUCUGGUGCAUAGUUCUGUAGAUUCCAUGCUGGCCGUGGAAGUCUCAGAAAAAGAGUACCUUCUUGCAUUUAGUGUGUGUGGUAUAUAUGUAGAUAGUCAUGGUAGGAAGAGUAGACAGUCAGAAAUAAUGUGGCCAGCAGCUCCUACGUCAAUCAGUUACAGUGCUCCCUACCUCAUCUGUUAUACAGAGAACUCUGUGUUUGUCUAUGACGUACAGACAUCAGAGUGGGUACAGACUCUCUGUCUAAAAAAGACGAAACCAAUCAACAGGGAUGGUACCCUCAAUUUAAUCAACAAUUUCGACGCUCUUCAUUUGAUUUACUUCAAGAAUAUCCAAAAUGAUGAAGACAAACUGCAGAUUGCAGAAUUGUUUAAAGGAAGAAGUGUUAACAGGAAUAAAAGACGAUUCUCGUUUAAAACGCGAGAAGAUGAUAGAAGUGGAAAAGGUCGAUCACGGGAGAUCUCAGCCCCCAUGUCAUUCAGUCAUAUAGCUCACAUGGGUCCGGACCAAAAACUACCAGUUGCCUCAGCGUCUGAUAGAAAAUCACGUGCAAUCUCAGCCCCAAUCAACUUUAGUCAUAUUGCACAUGUUGGGCCGAAUCAGGGGAUGCCUGAACUGAUGGAUCUGAAUACUGCAAGGAUGAGCAUGGCAGGAUCCAACAGUUUACCCAGUGGUGGACCACCAAAGAAAAGUGGAAGAAACUUAUUUAACAGCAAAUCUAUGUCAGAGAAACAACCAGCUAGAGGAAUAAGGUCGCAGAAUGGUAAUGCCCCACGAGACAGGCAAGUAGGUGGAUCUUUACGAUUGGACCCAUCAGAGAGUCCUGAUCAAAAUUUAGUAGGAGAACCGUCACCCACCAUGUUCGAGGAUUGCUAUGAGCAACAAGGUAAAGGAAUGCGGUUAUCAGUAGAGUCUACCAGCAGCGACGGAACCAGCAGUCGUACAAGUUCCCUCAGCUCAACUCCUGCCAAGUGGAGUCUCUCUGAAGAUACCGUAGACAACUCUUCCACAUCCGCCAUCGAGGAGUGGUCUCACUUAUAAUGGACCCUGUUUGUUUUGCCGACUGUGAUCAAAAUUGCUUCCAUUUUAAUUCAUGUUUCUCCCCUUGCCCCCACUUCAGAUAGCUGUAUACCAAACUGAAUUAUUGUAAAAUCAAAUUUGCAUCCCUCACCCAUCUAUAUGUGUAAGUUUAUAUUUGAUUUACCGUAUAUAUACAAAUCAUGCAUGAUUGUGAACAAAAAUUAAUCCAUUUUUAGGGUAGUAAAUCUUCAAUUCUAACUAUCUUGACCAGUUUAUCCUUUUUUGCUCUUUCUUGCUUUAUUUCUGUCUGUUUCUUUCUCUUAAUCCCUACUACUAUAAUGUAUUCACUGUUAUAUUAUACAUGUAUAUACAUGUACAUAUAUAUAUAUACCCCUUCCCUGUUUUAAGAGUUAUUAUGUUAUAUUGUUACUGUACAUUAGCUGUCUAUUAUAAGAUAACAAGAGUGUAUACCCAUGUCAUAAACUACUAGCUGGAAAUAUGGUACAACCAGUUUUAGUAAUACUUUUACGAAUUUUUUUAGAUAAACUACAAAAUGUUGAUACCAAUUUCUUUGAAGCAUAUUAUGAGUCUUUAUCUUGAAACUGAUUGUUAAUACCAAUUUCUUCAUGAUUUAGAUUGUUAUUACCAAUUACCUAAUGGUGUAGAUUGUUAAUACCAGUUUACUUAUGGUACAGAUUUUAGUCAUAUCUAAAAGCCCAAUGUCAAUUCCAAUUUCUUCCUGGUUUACAUGUAAAGGAUAUUAUUGAUAUCAAUUUCUUUAUGGUAUAUUUAUUUGAAACUUACCAUUCAUACUUUAUUAUUUAUGGAAUAGAUCUUGAAGUGUUAUUGUAAAAGAUAUAAUUAUUUUAUGUCCAGAGUAAUAUUCUUCCAAGAUUUUCAUGUCAUAGUUGUGAAUUAUUUCCUUGCCUUCCAUGAACGAGUUGAGAAAAGUUCCGUAACAAGGUAAAGGCUGGUCAACAGUUAAAUGUUGAAAUUAAACAGCUGCAAGUAUAUAUCCUAGUCUGUAUGUAUAUAACAGACUUUUAUUUCUGGCAUUGGCCAAGUCUGUAUAUUGCCACUAACUGUUAAAAGCUUAUAAUGUGAUAUUGAUACUGUGCUUGGCUCCCUAAUCUGAUAAAUACGAUAUUUAUUUGUACAGAUUUAAGUGAUGUUUUAUUGGAAGGAAUAAUAACUGGUGUUGAUUGACAAAGUGUUUUAUAAUGUUGAGUUGGUUUUUUUUUUAACAGAAUAAUGAUGUAUAAGUUAUAUUUUGUACUUAAAAAAAAAUUCUUUAUACGUGAAAGCUGUUAGUCACCAUUGUAUAAAAUGGCAAUUAUAUCAAUAUGUUACUAUUUCUAUAAAAUGGUACAUAUUUCUUUUAUUGUCAUAUAGAAAAAUUAAGGUUUCAGUAUUGUUAGAUGUCUGAAUUGACUUACUCCGGAAUUAAGAAUAUUUGGGUUUUUCCUGGCAAAUCUGGUUACAGUUAAGCUUCGAAAAUAAGCGAAACAGGUUGACUUACCUAUUGUGAUGGGUAAUGCAACGUGAAUCUAUAAUGGUAAAAGUUAAGUUUGUACCUACAGAUUAGCUGGGAAAAACCCACAAUUGCCGAGUUCUGGAUAACGUCUAUUCAGAACUUUCCCGUGCUACAUGUAUGUGCACGAUAACUUGGUAAAGAUAAUUAAUAGGUUUUAAUGAGUACAUUAAUUUAGGCAACGCCUAUCACAGUUGUUAGUGACUUUGUUAUGUAUAUUAGUAAAAUGCCUUCGAUGUUGUUACAAAUAUAUAUGCACUGAUACAAACAGGUGAUAUUUAGUCAGUAUAUUAUCAUAUCCUCAAUACUUGCCUUCAUUUAGUAUAUUAUGUGUCAAUUAAUUUGGUGGUAGUUCACCUCUUUAUGAUAUGAGGAAUUUAUGAUCAGUUUGGCUCAAAGACAUUUCGGCCUGAAUGUCCUGAAGACAUUUCACCUUCAGGUGUUUCCACUCUUUGCUAAAAAAAAAUUUCGCUUUACCAAAUUCAUUAUGACUGGAGAGGCACAUAUGUAUAAAUAAUUUAUGAGCCUUAUUGGGAAAAGGGGUGGUUGAUUUGUGUAGGAGAAAAUUUGUUUGGGGACUGAUGCAGUUUAAAGGCCGAAAUGUGUUUGGGGACUGUUAAUGAGGGUUGUCCGCAGUUAGAUGUAGAGUGGCAAAUCCGUAACCCUGUCUUUUGUAUGCAUGAAAUUAAAGCAAUAAGCCAUAUUGAUAUAAACAUAAGUGUUGUUGAAUAAAGAAGGUGUUUCGUAAGUAGGCUCAAAAGUAGUUUCUUAAUACAUGUAUUGGACUUGUAUAUUAGUAACAAGUGCAAAAUUAAAUGUAUAAAUAAAGUGAUGGUAUUUUAUCUACCACGUUUGGAAAGGCUCAGAAAGGAAUAAAUAAAGAAAUUUAAGGUUUUUAUGCUCCCCGAAAAAAUUUCGGGGGAGCAUAUAGUCGCCGCCUUGUCCGUCCGUCCAUCCGUCCGUCCCCUUUUCUUGUCCGGGACAUAACUUUGAAACAACAAGAGGUAUCAACAUGAAACUUUGUAGGUAGAUAGAUCUCAUUGAGUAGGUGUGCAGUGCACAAGAACCGUAACUCUGCCUUGCCUAAUUUUUGAAUUACCCCCCUUUGUUUUUUUUACACUUUGAAAUUUGUCCGGGACAUAACUCUAAAAGUAUAAGAGGUAUCAACAUGAAACUUUGUAGGUAGAUAGAUCUCAUUGAGUAGGUGUGCAGUGCACAAGAACCGUAACUCUGCCUUGCCUAAUUUGUGAAUUAUUCCCCUUUGUUUAUUUUACACUUUGAACUUUGUCCGGGGCAUUACUCUAAAAGUAUAAGAGGUAUCAACAUGAAACUUUGUAGGUAGAUAAAUCUCAUUGAGUAGGUGUGCAGUGCACAAGAACUUGAACUCUGCCUUGCCUAAUUUUUGAAUUAUCUCCCUUUGUUUAUUUUACACUUUGAGCUUUGUCCGGGACAUAACUUUAAAAGUAUAAGAGGUAUCAACAUGAAACUUUGUAGGUAGAUAGAUCUCAUUGAGUCGGUGUGCAGUGCACAAGAACCGUAACUCUGCCUUGUCUAAUUUUUGAAUUAUCCCCCUUUGUUUAUUUUACACUUUGAACUUUGUCCGGGACAUAACUCUAAAAGUAUAAGAGGUAUCAACAUGAAACUUUGUAGGUAGAUAGAUCUCAUUGAGUAGGUGUGCAGUGAACAAGAACCUUAACUCUGCCUUGCCUAAUUUUUGAAUUAUCCCCCUUUGUUUAUUUUUAGCACUUUGUCCAGGACAUAAUUUUAAUGUAUAAGAGAUAUCAACAUGAAACUUUGUAGGUAGAUAUAUCUCAUUGAGUAAGUUUGCAGUGCACAAGAACUGUAACAGUCUUGCCUACUUUUGGAGUUAUUGCCCUUUGUUCAUUUUGAAACUUUGAACUUUGUCUGGGACAUUACUCUAAAAUUAUAAGAGAUCUCAACAUGAAUCUUUGUAGAUAGAUAGGUCUCAUUGGGUGGAAGUGCAGUGCUUAAGAAUCAUUACUCUGCCUUGCCUUAUUUUGAAGUAAUUGCCCUUUGUUUAUUUUUACUUUUUGACUUUUGACCUGGACAUUACUUUAAAACUAUUAGAGAUAUCAACAUGAAACUUUGUAGGUAGCUAGAUAUAAUUUGAUAGAACUGCAAUGCUUAAAGAGCCUAAACAAAGCCUGGUCUUAUUUUGGAGUUAUUGCCCUUUUUUCAUUUUUACACUUUGACUUUUACCCGGGACAUAACUCUGAUAUCAUCAGGUAACUUUAUAGAUAGAUAGAUCUCAUUGAAUUGAAGUGCAGUGCAAAAAAACAUAACUCCGCUUUGCCUAAAUUUUGAGUUUUUGCCCUUUGUUCAUUUUUUUUAUACUUUCCUGUGUCCAGAACCUUCUCGGGGAGCAUCACCCGGUUCAACCGGUUCUUGUUUUUGAGUGUAAAGAAAGAAAUAAGAAUGCAAUUCACAGAGUUUGCUAAAUCAGAGACACUUAAGUGAUACAUGUAAAAGAAUGCUCAUAGUCAAAUUUUUUGUGACCUAAUAUUUUGGGUGCUUUGUUUUUCCGCCAAUGUAUCCGAAUAUUCAAUGGAAUAAGUCAUUAUACCUUUAAACCUCAAGAAAAGUUUUGAAAAUAUCACACUAUAUGCUCUUUCUUAUUGUUUUUCAUACCUCUAGUAUCUUUUGUGAUAGUGAAUGAUAGUUGUUCUCAUCUUGUACUAUGUAAGCAAUCCUGUCACAUUUAUAUUGUCUAAUUUUUACUUAAACAGUUCUAUGAUGUCUUAUAAAGUUAUUCAUAAUUGUAUCAUAUUUUGUCUGGUUUUUUUCUAAGUAUUUAGACAGUAGGUAAUAACAAGUUUUAACCCACCAGAUAUAUUUUCAUCAUACAUGUAUAUACCAUCAUUUCCUCUAUGAAUUUUUUUUUUGUACACUUCUCUUUCCACAGGGAAACAUAUCAUUUUAAAAGUUUCAUACUUGUACAUUUGUAACUUCAUUACUAGUUUUACACACAUAAGCCAUAAAGUUUUUAUCCUUUUUUUUAAAUCAAUAGAUUUUGUAUUAUAAAAAGUUCAGAAAAUGAAAUUUUGUAAAACUUUUUUCCAAUGAAAAUGUGACAAAAUGAAAUAUGAAAUGAUAAAGUAGUUUGAUUAUGCAUCAAACUUGCAAAAUUUUGAUUCUGAUAGAUAUAUUAAAAUCUAUAGAUACAGAAAAUAAAGAUGGAAUCAUUAAUGAUAACCAGGGAUAGUAUAUACUUAUUAAUUACAACAUAUUCAUCAGAUUCAGCGGUAAAGCAGCAUGCCUCCAGAUUCAUGCAAAUUUUAAUGAAAAUUUUGAAAAUGUAUUUAAAAUAUUGUGAAGUGAACAAAGGACGUUAUUUACAGAUUGCAAACAGCACUUACAAUCCACAUAAAUGGCCCAAAAUAGGUCAAAAUAUGCAAAAAUAGCCCUUACUGCUGAGUAACACUGUAGAAAUAUGGUGAUAAAUUCAUGUACUGCAAAAUCAGUCAUUAAUCACACAUAACAUGUUAAAUUAUACUUGAAUCUUGAUUUUUCUACUUUUCUAAAAAUCUACGAAAAAGUACAUCUUUUCAUAAGUUUUAUUUCCUUGAAGUAUUUUGACUCAUCUGGAGGCAUGCAGCUUUAAAGACCAUUGAACAUACUUCCAGGUUAAUUGUCAAGCAUGUUGGUUUUCCACUUAAACUAUAAAGCCUGACAAGAUGUUAAUUUUACAAUAAUUUAAAUUCCCUAUGAGCUCACAAUAAAUUAUUCAAUGUUUGAAUUACAUUUUUUAAUGUUUUCUAUGUUAAACAUUAUGAUGUCUGUUAUAGGUCAGCUUGUUAUAGGUCAGCUUUCAAAUUUGCUGGAUUGCAUUUUGCUUACACUCUACCUUUAACCCAUGACCUGCUGAAUUUCUGAAAUGGUUUUGUCUAGUUUCCACUCCCAUUAUCAAUUCUUGGGAUAUCAAGAUGGUCAGCCAGAAAAAAGGAACCUGGUCAAACUGCGUGGAUAAAAUUAGUAAGCAAGUUGGCUGGGGUUCUAUACUAGUGGCAAAGGCAAAUAUAUUUCAGUUUCAGCAGAGAAAAAGGAUUAUUAUAUACGAUAUCUUAUUUUUAAGCGACUAGGGACCAUCCUGGGCCUCUUUAUUUUCAUAUUUUUGUUUCCAUGAUUUGCUAUAUUUUCAAUUUCAAGUGCCAGUAUAUAUAUAUUUUUUAAUUUUCCUCCUCAGUUUUGUAGACAGAUAUUUGCAUGGAUUGUUUAUUGUUUUAUGUUGAAUCAUUAAUUAGUGUAUUAACGGUUGAGGAAUUUUUGUUGACUAGGUAGUUAUAGAUGCGUUAUACAUGACAUAUACAAUUCUUUAAUGUAUUCAAAAGCUUGUUGAAUAAUCACAUGUACAAAUAUACUUGCUGCAAAUAUGUGCUUCUUUGUGAACUAUAUAGACUCUGCUUUCAAUACCUGACAAUUAUAAUGUUGAAAACAUUUAUUAUAAUAGAAAUACAAUACUGUAUAAUAUUAGUUAAGAACUGCCGUAUAUGUUUCAUACUGUACAAGUUUUUGACUUUAGUUAUGAGUGGGGGAUAUUGUUAUUCUUUAACCAGGGCUUGUCGAUUAUGAAGGGUUCUUUCUUGGCAUCUAUUAAGGACUGAAUUACUGAAUUUUACUACAUUUGCUACAACCUGUAAACUUUUAUAGUAUCUUCAGCAGUUUUACGACAUAGAAAGAUAUGAAACUUUUCAGUCCCAUGUUAUGGAUUUUACAACUAAUUUCUGCAAUCGUUAAAAAAAUACUUAAAUACUUAAAAAAAUAUGUGAUGUACACACAAUGAUAAAUUAAUUGAUGCUAAUGUUCUGUUGUCACCUGCUGAAAGACCUUUGGAAAGUCAAGGAACUACCUUUUGUAUAGAUAAAAGUUUACAGGAUUAUUCCUGAAUUUCUGGAUUUCGAGACUUUUUUUUCUUUAAAAACCCAGUAAUAAAUGUUAAAUUUUUGAUUCUCACGAUUGAUUGAAUUUCCAAUUUUUACCCAUGCUUGAGGCAUUGGUUUUCGAUGUUGAAGUCAUUCAUAUGAAGGCUGAAGGCUUCAUAUGCAAAUAACACUAUAAUUUAGUCAUUUCUUUGUAAUUCUAAUGGCCAUUUUGGAUGAUGCCUUCAUUCAAUAAUUAUUGUCAAUAUUAUGCAAUAUGGAUUAGCAAAUUUCAAUGGAAAAGCCAGAUUAAAAACUACGUGUAUAGUUAUGACCUGUCCUUUCAAUGUAAUGAACUUGUUUUGUUUUCUAUGCCCCAAACUAGUUCAAUUUAAUAUUUAAGAAAAUAUAGAGCCAAAUCAUUCUUAAAAGGAAAAUAAGAAUGCUUUUAAAAUUAUUGGAAUCAUCCUCAAAUUUUGCUUGAUGACUUCAUUAGACCUGUAAGUUGUCACACAAUUCUGAUUUGUUAAUUAAUUUUGUCACCUCUCCUUUAACUGGUUUAGCUGGGAAAAGCAAUUCAAAUGAAUUGCUAUCUUACUGAUAUUAAUUAAAAUAAAGAUUUAAUUUUGCCAAAGUUAAAAGAAAGAUUUUAAGAGUUUUUAAUUCUCAUUUUGGUUCUUGGGUUGGUUUGUAUGCUCAAUAAUUUUAAUACAGAAUGAUGUUGAAAACAUUCUGGGAUGAGUGACUCAAGAUUGGUCAAAGCAAACUGCCUUAAAAUGCCUGACUUUAUAGAAUAAUAGUAUUGAUGAGUUAGUAAAAUGUUUAUAGAAAUUUUGCAUCUUAAAUGGUGCUCCAAAAUAAAUUUCCAAAUCAUGUAUUUUGGGAAUUUUUAUUAUUCUGUUUGUGUCAGAACAAAUUCUGAUUUGCAUGAUACUUUUUAACACUACCCUUAGGAGAAAAUUGUUUUCCUUAUGAAUGCAUCUAUUUAUAUGAAAACAAGAAUUCUGUACAUAGAUUUUAAAUUAUUAAAACUUAACACCUGAUUGGUCGAUUCAAAUUAUUGAAAAUUUGAAAUUGACCAAUGACAUUAAAUGUUACAUUUUGAAUGCACCAAUCCUUUGUUAUUGCACUGAUUUACAAAGACACUGUUCUUCCCACUUGCAUAGUUCUGCAAUAUUAUUCACGAGCACAGCUGACUUAUAAAUGUGAUCACAUUGAAACAGUGGUGCAAUAUAAUAUUUUAUGAAUUUUAAAUACAAAUAGUUAUUGAAUGCACAUAUUGUAAUGUCACAUUUUUAACUAAAAGAUUAUAAUGUACAAAAAGGUUAUAUGUAAGUAAGUAAAUAAAUGUACACCGGCCAUGUUGUAAACACAGUAAAUUUAAAGGGACUUAACUGAGAAUUUUUGACAUGAUGGGACUAAAAAUAAUUUUUCGCAAUUAAUUUGAAUGCUUAAAGGGACCCCACUGAGGUUUUUUGACAUGAUGGGACAAAAAUAAUUUUCAGAGAUAAAUGUUUCAUUUGAUGUAAAACUAGACCAAGAACUUGUAUGCAAAAUUUCAGAUUAUUUGCUCAUUUUGUUUUUCCAGAAUAAUUAUCCUAAUUGUGAAAAAAUGACCCACUCAAACCUGGCUUAGAAAAUAUGAUGUGAUGAUAUGAUUUUCAAUUUAUUUCUGAUUACACUAUAUGAUUAUCUUUUGUAUUCUUUCUGUUUUAAGUGUCUUAGCUGAUCUAUGUAAGAAACAAAUAAUUUUUUUAGGCUUUUGGACUACAGUGGAGUUCCUUUAACAUUUUUUUAAAACAUCCCUGGACAUCAAAAUCGGUAACUAAAUAAUGUAGAUUGGGGUUAUAAAUAAGCCUUAAUAAUUUUUGAUAGCAACUUUGUCAUAUCUGGGCCCAGUGUUGGAUAUUUGUGUAGUUGAAUUAUUUUACAAUAAAAAUCUGUACAUAGUAGUAUAUAGCCAUCUAAUGUUGUUUGUACAUUAAAAUCUUAUUACAAAUCUUUCAUUCUUGUAUUAUAUGUUUCAAUAAAUAACUUUAUUAUUAUGAAAUAAUGUAUUAAACAUUUUUUUUGCUAGAUAGAUAAACAAUUUAAACCAAACGUUCUUGUACAUGUAUGUUGCUUACUGCAGACCUGUAUAUUGUUAUAAAGCCAAGUAUUGCAGUGGGUAUCUAACGAUACAAGAUUUAAUAAUAAAAUUAUAAACAUU